UCCUAACCACGCCUGCGCAGAGAAAUACAAGAUGGCGGAGAGUGCGGAACUGAAGCAAAUGGUGAUGAGCCUGCGGGUUUCAGAGCUCCAGGUGCUGCUGGGCUACGCUGGGCGUAACAAGCACGGACGUAAGCACGAGCUUGUAACAAAAGCAUUGCAUCUGGUAAAGGCAGGCUCGAGCCCCGCCGUGCAUAUGAAGAUCAAAGAGCUGUACCGCCGACGCUUCCCUGCAAAAAUGGUGUCUCACUCCGAGCUCUCCUUGCCCGGACCACAUCACCCAGCCACAGCGGGGCUGGUCGGAGGAGGUGGAGCUGCUUUGCCUGCUGGACUGACACAGCUGGCAUACGAGGGCCACGCGGGUCACAGUGGAACCCCGUCACCCGCUGCCUUACUACCCCUCUCGCUACUCGGACCUGGGAAGCACGAGUUCACGGGGUUGACGCACCACCUGUCCGCUGCGGUCCCACUACACCCCGUCCACCCAGAUGUGACGCUUCAGAGGUUGCCAUUUUAUGACAUGCUUGAUGAGCUCAUCAAGCCAACCAGUCUCGCUUCGGACAACAGCCAGAGAUUCCAGGAGACAUGCUUUGCCUUUGCAUUAACGCCACAGCAGGUCCAGCAGAUCAGCAGUUCAAUGGACAUCUCGGGGACCAAAUGUGAUUUCUCAGUUCAAGUCCAAUUGCGGUUUUGCCUGUCAGAGACAAGCUGUCCUCAGGAAGAUCAUUUUCCACCCAGUUUGUGUGUGAAAGUCAACGGCAAGCCAUGUAACCUGCCGGGUUAUCUUCCUCCAACCAAAAACGGUGUCGAGCCAAAGCGGCCCAGCCGACCCAUCAAUAUUACCUCGUUGGUCAGAUUGUCCACGACAGUCCCGAAUACCAUUGUGGUGUCCUGGACUGCUGAGAUUGGGAGGAAUUACUCUAUGGCAGUAUACUUAGUGAAGCAGCAGUCAUCCACGGUGCUUUUACAGAGGCUACGGGCUAAAGGCAUAAGGAAUCCAGACCACUCCAGAGCACUCAUCAAAGAGAAGCUAACAGCAGACCCAGACAGUGAAAUCGCCACAACUAGCCUUCGUGUGUCUUUGCUCUGCCCGCUCGGAAAGAUGCGGCUGAUGAUUCCAUGCCGGGCGCUGACAUGCUCCCACCUGCAGUGCUUUGACGCCACACUGUAUAUUCAAAUGAACGAGAAGAAGCCCACCUGGGUUUGUCCUGUUUGUGACAAGAAGGCGCCUUAUGAACUCCUCAUCAUUGACGGGCUUUUUGUGGAGAUCCUGAACAGCUGUACGGAUUGUGAUGAGAUCCAAUUCAAGGAAGAUGGAAACUGGGCCCCUAUGAGGACAAAAAAGGAGCUACAGGAAGUCUCCUGUGCUGCUUUAAAUAGCAGCCUGAAUGGUCUUUGUGCGACGACUGCGGGCUCAGAUCAUCAGAGCCCCUUGUCAGCCAACCACAAUAACAGCGGCAACAGCAAGAAAAUGGCAGUGAUCGACUUGACAUUAGACAGCUCCUCAGAGGAUGAAGAGCAGGACACUCCGCCGCUGCUGCCGCCGCCGCCUCUGCCUCCGUUGCCUCCUCCCGCCAAACGAUCCUGUCCCUCCAUGUCCCCGACGUCGCCGCCUGUCCUCAACAAAGGGGUGUUGAACCUGCACCACCAGGCCUCCCCGGUGAGUCGCACUCCCAGCAUGCCAGCUGUGGACAGUAGCUACAUGCCUCCCGUCCCGCCACUGAUCCAGGACUAUAGACCCUACUACCACACCACCAACGACCUUCCAGAUUUGAACUUCUUCUCUUUCCUGCAAGGUGACAAUCAUCAGCAUUACAACAUGGUGAUGGCGGCGGCCGCCGCCGCCUCUGCCUCGGAGGACCACGAGCUUCUGCUCAACCGCUUCCUCCCCUACAGCUCCUCCGGCUCCUCGGCAUCUUUAUUGACGCCGCCGACCAACGGGGCCGGCGGCUCCGGCAGCAGCAGUAGCAGCAGCAGCUUGGUGUCGUCCGGCAGCCUCCGGGACGCUCACUCCUUGUCCUCACACUCUCAUGGUGGGGUGCUGGCCGGCCGGGGGGCCGCAGAAGCCGCGGUGGCAGCUAUUUACGGGGGAAUUCCUGACGUUAUAUCAUUGGACUGACUCACAAAGAGCCAGGCCAGAUCCGACGAUGAACUGAAAUGCAGGGUAGAGAAGUGACUCACAAACUUGACAAGAAUCUAUCGACUUCAUCGGUGGAGUCGGAGUGUAAGAGGAGCAUCAGAAGGACUGGACGACAACGUUGGCUCAACCAGUCGUGAAGGUCAGCUGAUCACAUGGACUUUAUCAGCGUCUCGCAUUAUGGUUUUAAUGCUCCCAACCUGGCACAAAGAGCAAAAAACACAAAGGAGGACUUUUUUUUUUAAAUAUGACCACAAGUAGGGGCACCUUGUACAGAGAACAAAAUCUAUUUUCUUCUUUUACUUUUGUAUGGUCAAUGGGGACACGUCCAAGCUAAUGAGCUGCUUCAACUGCUGUUUUUGACCACGUUAUAGUUUGUAGUCCAUACAUCAUGUGUGGUGGCCCCUGCCUUGUGUAUCCUGGUCCUCACUGCAUCUAUCCCCCUUAAAUCUCCUCCAGUCAGUUCUCCCUGAAGCUUAUAAAUACUGCUUUUUACGCAAUAUGCAUUCCUUUACAUGUUCAGGUCACCCUGUUUGUGUGAUAGGGAGUGUGCAGGCGGAGCGGCUUUAUGUGGAUUAUCAUUUUCACUCCCGGUGAAGACUUCAUCACAACAGCAUUUAGACUGUUUUUAAAGUUAGACACUAUUUAUAUAUGUAAAUCUUGAGAUGGAAGGAAUCUUUUUUUUUUUUUGCUUAUGCCAAAAAUAACAAGGGACCUGGACGAUGAUCAGAGUGCAGUUCGAGCACUUAAAAGGUGAGUCGUCUUGUGUCCUUCUUUGGACACUUAAAGCACGUUCUUUGAGACUUUCUUGCCCGGCCAUCCAGACAAAAAAAGAACAAUGCAGUCAAACCGCAGCCUGUCUUGAGCAGUUGUUCCACAUCGGACUUGAGUUUCAGCUGCUGCCGGUUUGCUCGAAUAUGUCACUGCAUGUUAGGGAUGAAGGUGUCUCCUGAUUCAGAAAAACAAUGUCUUAAUAUGUCUCCUGGUUUUGAAAGCAAGUGUCUCUCAAUUGAAGCAUUUUGGAGGAGUUGGACAAAAAAAAAAAAAAAAAACAUAGUUGGAAGUUUAGCUUAACUUUAGGAAUGCAGUGGACCCUUGGAGCUUGAAAGCUGUUCAGUUAGGGAUGGGCAUUGGACUUUGAGGAAAAUGACCAUGCUCCAUUAAAUAUUGCUGUAUCAAUUCUAUUUGACCUUCAAUACUUUCUGCAACUAUUUUAAAUAGGGAUGGGCGAGUACCAAUACCAGGCGUUGAUAUUGGGCUGAUAUUGGGUUAUUGUGAAAGAUGUCGAUACAUCCACUGAUACUUAAGGCAAAAAAAAUAAUAAAUAAUGGACAUGGAAUAAGUCAUUGGUGCUACACAUCGGUGAAUCAUCGUGUGUCAGAAAGAAAAUUCUAUGUUCACAAUUAUCUGUCAUUGUUUCAAUUAAAUAUAGUAUGUAUCAUAAGUACAAGUGGUUUCGGCACUUGGUAAAGGGUGAGUCCUCAAGAGUGAUUACGCGUACUGGUUUCGGUCUAAAAAAAAAUUGACAUUGAACGUGCGAGCACCGGUUGUUAGAGGCCCUGCAGAGGCUGCAAAAUCAGGUGACACUUUCUGAGCAAUUUCCUCAUUGAGGCUGAUGACAGCCAGACCACUUCAACGCUCCUGGCAAAUUGAUGAGCGCAGGAAUGUUUUAAUGAGCUUCAGUUUUUUAGAAGCUUUGCUCAGCUGAGGAAACUGUGACAGGGAUAGUCAGUGCAAUCCUAAGAGCAAUCCACAGAUGAAGAUAUACCUCUUGAAGCUGAUUUUCAUCAAGAAAUCGCCGUCGUUCCAAGGCAGAUAAGCUGUUGGUGGUGGUAGCUGAGGAAGGUUGAUGAUUUCCUGCAUCCUCUCAGCUCCAUUAUUAUCAGAUGUUCUCUUAUCAUUAAGCGUCUUGUGUACUUCACGGCAGUGUUUUUUGAAGUCGACCUUGGACAUUCUGUUCAGCACUCCAUAGCUUUCUUUGACUUGAUUCAUGGCCUCAAACUUCUCCUGCAGUGAAAGUAAAGCAGAGUCCACAACACAGUUCAAAUAUGUGACCUCAAACUUUUGAAGGUGGUCAUCAAAGGGCUCAUCAACAGAUUCGUAUGCAAACUGCCUUUUUGAACUCCUGCGUCUUUUCUCCUUAAGCUCUGGUUCUAUAUUCAGGGCGUCACAGAGUUCCUUCGCGAUUGACACAGCCUCGUCAAAACCAGAUUGUCUGUCUUUGCGGAGGUUGAUUUUGGUACUGUCAAUAAUAAGCCUGACAGCAAUAUCAAGUUGCAUGGAACUGGAGUGAAGUAGCUGAUUCACCUGGCUUGCAAAUCAAAAUCGGAUUGAGGCUACUUCCUCAGCAAGAGCUUGAGCCUCCACUUUUGCCACUGGAUCACUGACAGCUUCCCUGGCCUCCAGGAGGGCAUCUCUCACUUCUUUUGCUUGAUUCCUUGAAGCUGUUACACUUUGGAACCUUCUCUCCCAUCUAACAUCCCUCCCAGGAUUUCAGUGUCAGUUUGACAUGUUUUGUCAAAAUGGCGCAUCGCUGGGUUGCACCUGAGAAGAAAUUAAAUAGCUUCUUCAAAUACCCAAAGUAGCCAGUGGCAUCCUGAGAGGCAGUAUCAGCUAUGACAAGAUUCAUCGUGUCUGCUUCACAAGGUACAAAUGAAGCUCUUGGAUUUGCCUGUCACAGUCUUGCCUGAACACCUUGCCUCUGUCCCUUGAUGUUGGCCCCAUUAUCAUAGGCGUGUCCUCAACAUCUGUCAAAUGGAUAUGCCAAGCUCCUUCAACUUGUCCAGGACAACAUUGGACAGGUUAAGGCCAGUAAUUUCUUCCACAUCAGUAUAUCCUAGAACGUAUUCUUUAACGUCUGGUUGUAGCUGGAAACAGACAAUGCGCACUACGACUGUGUUACAAUGGUGCGUAAUGUUUCUGAACAGAUUAUCUGAAUUAGUUUGUUUGGUGUGUUGGUGGUGGACUUUCAUUUUUUAUUUUGGCCAAGUGCUUCUCCAUAGCGGGGGUCGUAUGUUGCCAUAAAUUGUACCUCCCUCAAGAAGUUCCCAUUGUCUGGCUCUUACAAACGGUCAGAAGAGCUCCUAAAAGACAAAUUCAUUGAAGCCCGUGAGAAAGUGAUUGGGAGCAAGCGUUUGAGAUGUCUUGCCACCUUUUCCUUUCCGCCUCCAAUAAUGCUAACUCCUGUAGAUCUAUUGCCUUGCCGUUUUUUAAGACGUGUGUCACGUUCUCUCCAUUUCAGCAGGCUCUGUGUAUGGUCUUGGCUACACUCAUGAGCCCUCAAAAUUGCUGCUGAUGUCAGACCAAGCACUGUUGCCUUCUGCAGUCAGCUCUGUAUCCUUUCUGCAAAAAAAGCUUAGAUGCAACACAGCAUUGUUCUGUGGAGGGUACACUACACACAACUUCUGUUCACCUUCCUUUUCUCCCAUUUGAAAGAAUUUUGAACUGGAGUCUGGUCUGAAAUGCUCUUCCAUCGGGCCCCUUUGGAAAAUCCAAAUCGGGGCUGAAUUUGAUAGAACUCCUGCGCACGAUUUCCACACGCUCUGCAUUUAAAAUGUGUGCUGGCCAUAGAGCCGGAUCAGUUGGAGGGGGCACGCAUGUCUCCAAACUGUCACAUGAUGAGGCCUCUCAGUGACAGGACUCACUUUGCCCUCAGAAGUGGUGGUUUGCAUGAUGCGCUGAACUGGUAGAUGGUCGUUGGUCAGGGCUGGGUGCUGCUGCAAAGUCUCAAAACCUGCUUCUGGAUGACUCAUCUUAACUACUUGUGGUGGAUGGUUGAUCAUCUGAAACUUUCACUUGGCCUUGAGUUCCUCCUCGAACAUAUUGAGGGAUCGAUCCUCUAUUCAGAAAUACAAGACAAAAUAUUCAGGGAUUCUACAGUGAAAUAUAAUUUUGAACCAUGGCACAAACAUUUUUAAACUUAAUUAUGGUAUUAUGUCGGCCUAUUUUUAAAACACAGGUACCUGAAAAUUUUAAUAUUCUACCUCUUUUCAGAUAAUUACAUUACUGAAGUGCAUGUGAACUCGUCAAAUUACGUUAUUGCCAUUACCCGAUUAUUCCCAGUUAUUGGAUUAUUGUGCAAAUGUAAACAUACAGUAGCUGUUACAAAAUAAACUUAUUUAAAACAUUGUCUUCCCUGUAAGUGACACGCGAGCAUCAUGCCUCAGGGUUUUUUCUUUUCCGCCCCGACUCUUGAAGCCUUUUCGAUGACAUGUCCAGAUAUCCAAGAAUAUACUUCUGCCAAACUUGCCAUUGAAGCAUAAUGGAGCAAAGUACUAGGGAAGGUAGACCGACGAGAGGGCCGCACAGGAGAGUCUUGUUAUUUUUGUAUUACAUACUGCAUAUUUAUUAACAUGCUUUACAUAUUUUAAAUAUAUACAGUUAUUAUUAGAAGUACUUUUUUUUUUUUUUUUAAUGCCCUACGUGCAGUGCGUGAUAAGCAUAUGCGGAGCGCCGAUUCUUCUGUGAA